AUCUCGCUCUGGGUUCUCAAUUCAGUGCACCCCACAGCACGGUUCUGUUCCCUCUUUUGCGUGCCUCUCAGUCUUUAAGAAGACUCCUUCAAAAGCAUGAGUCUGAGUCUGAGUCUGAGUCUGCGUGUGAGUCUGUGUUUCAGACUCUCUCUGAGAGACCAUUCUUUACCUCCUUAAAUACACUGUUUUUUUCUCCACUCUCUGCUCUCUCUGUGUUUUGAGUCUCAAAUUCUGUGACUCUUUUAUUAUAAAUUUAUAAUUUUCUACCUCUUCUGUGCCACUGUAUUUGUUUUUUUGUUUGUUUUUGUAAAGCACAUUAAUGGAGUUGAAGAUGGGUCACCUAAUCCAAUACCAAUACCAAUACCAAUUCCAAUACCAACUUCUUUAAAUCUAUCAAAUUUUACUCUCACAAACUCAAACAAACUGUCCCUGAAACCCCCCCCCAAAGCUCCAAACUUUGAGGCAUUUGAAGCUCUUUUUUUGUGGGGUCUUCGAAAUUGUCGAGCUUAGUAAUGUCCCACAUCGAUUUGGAGCAAGGGGUUCAUCGAAGAGACUUCAGCGCAGACGGCAGUGUAUGCUUUUCUGACGCGGAAGCAGAAGAAGGGUCGUGCUAUUCACAGUUCUAUUCGACGAAUGGUGGGUCCUACGAUGAGUACAGAUUUUCUUGUGUGUAUGAUCCGAGUUCUGGGAUUGGAAACAGUUCGGGUUCGGGUUCGGGUUCCGGUUCGGGUUCAGGGAGAGAGUCUAUGUGUUCAGCCUCGGCUUCGGAGUUGGAGGUUGAGAGUGAGGUCCCUGAGAUAAAGGUGCAUUUGGCUAAAGUUGAGAGAGAUUGCAGGAUUUGUCAUCUGGGUUUGGAGAGUAACAGCCAUGAAUCUGGGAUUCCUAUUGAGUUGGGUUGUUCUUGUAAGGAUGAUUUGGGUGCAGCCCAUAAGAACUGUGCUGAGGCCUGGUUCAAGAUUAGGGGAAAUAAAACUUGUGAGAUUUGUAAUUCUGUUGCACGUAAUGUCUUUGGAUCAAAUGACAUUGAGUUAACACAGCAUUCAAAUGAAACCAACAAUGCCACCGCACCAGUGACAGUCUUGGCACCUGCAACCGUAACAGAGACACAUAGCUUCUGGCAUGGCCACCGCUUCCUGAAUUUUUUGCUUGCUUGCAUGGUAUUUGCAUUUGUCUUAUCUUGGCUCUUUCACUUUAAUGUGCCAUCAUCAUAGAACUCUGUAAAAGAGUUACUGUGGAAAGAUUUAGAAAAGGAAAAAAAAAAAAAAAACAAGUUCUGCGAAAGGCCUGCCAAAAUUGUCAAUAUGAUGAUGGUAACGGGAGAGUUUCAACCUUCGAGCCUCGCAGCAUUUGUAUAGAUAAAAAUACAAAUUAAUCUGCUCCAUAUUUGUAGAGUUUGGUUUUUACCAAUGUUUACACAUUGCUCAUAUGUUAUAACAGCUUUAUUAUCAGGCUUUUGCUUUCCAAGUUUUAAAAUUAA